AUGCGAAAAAUGAUUCUAUCUAUCUAUCUAUCUAUCUAUCUAUCUAUCUAUCUAUCUAUCUCAGCCUGUUCCUAUCUAUCUAUCUAUCUAUCUAUCUAUCUAUCUAUCUAUCUAUCUAUCUAUCUCAGCCUGUUCCUAUCUAUCUAUCUAUCUAUCUAUCUAUCUAUCUAUCUAUCUUUUUUAUCUAUCUAUCUUAGUUUUUUUAAUAUCUCUUCUUUUUACAUCACUCCUUGCCUCUAUCAGUAUGGUCGUAACUUUUGGCGAGGGUUCUAUCUAUCUAUCUAUCUAUCUAUCUAUCUAUCUAUCUAUCUAUCUCACUUUUCCUCUUCUCUCAGCUUCUAUCCUACUCUCCCUCUUUCAGUCAUUUAUCUCUCCCAUUCUGUUCAUAUCUAUCUAUCUAUCUAUCUAUCUAUCUAUCUAUCUAUCUCAUUCUUUACAUCUAUUUAUUUAUCUACCUCAGUCUUUAUAUAUCUAUUUAUCUAUCUAUUGACGUAUCUAUCUCAUCUUUUUCUUAUCUAUCUCAUUAUCUUGAAAUCCAGGUGUCUAUCUCUUUCUCUUUCUAUCUAUUCUCUUCAUAUGUAUGUAUGUAUCUAUCUAUCUAUCUAUCUAUCUAUCUAUCUAUGUCUCUUCAUUUCUAUCUAUUGA